AUGAGUUUCUCAGUCAACAAGACGAUUCCACAAUCUGAUGAUUUAUUGCAGGAUAUUAAAGGAUUACAAAGCUUGUUAGAUGCUAAAAUGUCCUUGUACGGUGAUGUCUUGAUACAGAAUGGAUUAGAAUGGAAAGCGAUGGGGAUGCCUGUCAAUGAACAACUCUUGAUUGCAACAAAAGAAUGGAUUCAUCAUCUCUGUAACGAUUUAUUGAAUGCAUUGAAUAAUGAGUGCAAAAAAGCACAAGAUUUGGUACAUGACAUGAAAGCACUUGUUCAUUCACCUAUGGGGGAGAAGUUAAUGGCUUCUAUUCUGGCUGGAUUAGAAUUUAUAGCAGAAGCGUCUACUCUAAUAGGCUUUACUUCUUUAAGGAUUGUGAAUGAAUGCCAUAUGUUGGCUAUUAUCUAUGGUCAAUGGGUUUCUGAAAAUCUAGAGCAUAUCAACGACAAAUCAAAAAAAAACAGAUCAUACACAACAACCAAAAGAACAGAUAUUCGCUUUAUGCAUUUACUUGAAACUAUGACACGCAUCUUAUCAGCAUUGUAUACCCUCAAUGAAUUGGAAAUAUCACCCAGCUAUGGCUCAAUCUCCUAUGUAGAUAACUUAACAUCUGUCUUGGUAGAGCUGACUGUGCGGGCAGUAAGCAUGAUUGAGAUUCACCGAGCCAACGAAGCACCCAGCAAGACAGUGGCAGGCAAUAUCAUGUCACAUCCACAAACAACAUUUAUUUAUAUGGGAGAGUCUUUAUUAACAUUUGCAAGCAAGAUCCUUGAACUGUCAGGACAGGAAGGGACAUUUGAAAAUAGAAUUAAGGUAUAG